AUGGGUCCCAACACCAUUACCUUUGAAAUGGCCCAAAGCGCUCGAGACAAGCUUCAGGCGUCGGCACGUGAAAUCUGGACAUCCAUUCGAAAUGAGUCAAUGGAUAGCUCCAAUGGACAAGGACAACCGUCUGCAGACGGUACCAUGACGAUGUCCUUUGAGAAGAUUGAGGCAGUGCUCAAAGCCAUGUUCGGUUCCUGUACAACUGGAGUUCCACCGAACAACAAUCCACAAGAACCGACAACAUGUGCCUUGCCUUGUGAACAAAAGCGAUCUAGGAGUACCGGUACCGGUACUAGAAGCAGAGACUUUGUUUCUUCGGAGCAUGUGUAUGCCCAGCUCUUUGAGGAUGAUCAGGCCAAGGCUUCCCGGGCCGUGAAUGGAUUGCGAGAACGGGCCGCUUCUACAUCCCCAAGGUCCAAAUUUUCCAAUCAGUUUCGCGAUUUCCCGAAAACAAAGAGCACUCCAACACCCGGACGGUUAACACCGGCUCCACCGCCACCUCCUCCUUCCACUAGGGCUGUCAACAUUAGUGCGGAUUUGAGUUUUGACGAUGGCAUUAGCGCAAUCAGCGCCAACACGCUCGAAGAAAUGGCCAAAGUCCACGAGUUUAGAAACCAAACGAGACUGACCAGCAAGCAUGCCAUUAGCAAUGUGGAGGAUAUCUCUUAUAAACACGCCAACCGAUCAAGGCAAAACUCGGAAAGCAAGGUUAUCUCACCGCGCCAAGUGCAGUCCAUCAUGGCACCAGUCAAGUUUACCCGAGGUCCAAGCAUGGGUACUCACACAAGCAGAGCCACCAGAUCGAGUAAGGGUACCAAGUCAACGAGCUCUACACAGGACUCGGAGUUUGCCAGUGUUUGGCGAAAAGAAGAACGCAAGUAUUGGGAUGAUGUCGUGGCACAGAACAAAGUUAUUCAACCUCUAAGUGGGCCGGGGAGGCACCCUGCUACCAAGAAAUCGUCGCGGAGACGAAGCCAGUCGGGAAGUUAUUCGACGAAAGACGUCACCGUCACUACAACCAGUUCAUCAUCGUUUUCAUCGCACCCUCACGAUGUCAUUCAGUUUGACCGAAAGGAUCUUGUUGGUAGCACGAAUAUCCUCAGUCGCAACGUCCCGUUGUCGUCACUUGAUCGAGGCCGCAUCCAGACAAGUCUACAAGUUCCAUACGACUCAGAACUGGGAGAGAUAUAG